GAAAUCGAAAAAGAGUCAUGCAAAUAAUGGACGAAGAUUGUCAGUAAUUUUCAAAUUUCAUUGUACAGUGGGUCAUUUUCUGUUUUUGACGAGAAGUCUGUUUGUUUGAAUUCUGAAUAUGGUUAAAGAUUUUUGAAAGGCUCAUCUACAUUUGUAAAAAUGAGUAAAUUACCCAAGAAAUUAUGGAGGGAUGCUGCAACAGUUAUAGUAGCUGCAAAAAAUGCCAGUGUUCUCCAAUUUUGCCAGAGUCAACGAAGGACUGAACAGCUAAAUAACUACAAUUCCAAGACCAAUGACUAUAGCUUGUUAAUGUUAAAGCGACAUUCUCAAAGUAACUUCAUGGCAAAUAGGUUUGUCUUUCCUGGUGGUGUGAUUGACAAAGCUGACUACUGUGAUCAGUGGAUUGAUAUCUUUGGUGCCCAAGGACAUUCAAGAAAUGAGCUUUUUGAAUUAUACAAAAAUGUAGCAAAACGGCCACCAAUGUUUGAAGCAUAUCACUGCAUGCAAGUUAUUCCAGAUAUUGCAUUUAGGAUUUGUGCUGCUCGGGAAGCCUUUGAGGAAUGUGGCCUCAUGCUGUUCAAGGCGAACAGAAAGAAGAUAGAAGGACUUUUGUCUCAUGAAGAAGUUUUGAUUUGGAGAAAGAAAGUGCAUAAUGAUGCAUUUGCAUUUCUAGAUCUCUGCAGGCAGUUCAAUGUGGUACCUGAUAUCUGGUCACUGAAAGAGUGGUCCUGUUGGCUUACUCCUGUAGUGCUUGAGAGACGCUUUGACACAAUGUUCUACAUAUACGCAACUGACAACAAGCCAGCCAUUGAUUAUGAUGAAAAAGAAAUGUCAGAUGCAAUAUGGAGAACUCCUAAAGAUCUUCUAUGUGACCAUAUAGGAGGUACUUUGCAACUGCCUGUUCCACAAAUUUAUGAAUUGACAAGAUUGGGACAAUUUCUUACUUUAGAAGAACUGGCAGAAUUUUCAUUACAGCGAGAAUGUCUUGGAACAGAAAGAAACCUGCCCAUUAGAGUGAAAUUCAACAACGGAUUUAUGAGUAUUUCACCUGGAGACCAUUUCUAUACAACCGACCCUGUAGAAUUUGAAAAUAGAAUCUGUGCCAAGCAUGGCCCAGUAUCUGGAAAAAAUCCGUACAAAGUUGACUUGAGACUGGAGGACUUGCAAAUUCUUGAAAAUGUCCAUCGAAUGGAAUUCAAGUCACUGAAUGAUUUUAGAAUCACCUGUAACCACCGAAGGCAUGGUCAUAAAAGUAUAGAUUUUGCAUCUGAAGACUUUAUUAGAGCAAAAGAGGUUUCAUCAAAAUUAUGAAGAAUUUAAAAUUUAUUUUCAUUCUUAAUCUAGAUUUAAAUAUGUAUUCAGCGCUUGUUUGUAUAUGGCUCACGUGGUAAGGCUCACUUAAUGAUUACUGAUUUCUUUGAGUGGGGGUAUAUGAGGGCUAGAAGCCUCUGGCCAGGGCCGUUGCUUUGGGGCUUUGGGGGUGAGACAACCCCCUUUGAAAAAAGUUGCGUUCCAAAAGCGAGUAGUUUUUGUCAUCUCUGCGAGCUUCUUCGCCAAAUUUUCAUCCUUAUCAGAAAAUGAAUGAUGGCACACCCACUUUGACUGCAAAUGAGAACUAGACACCCUGACCCUUCCCCUUCAGUACAAUAGCUAGCAACAGCCAAUGGUAAGGCUUUUCGCUGGUCCUUUAUUUAAAGUGUAUUAGAAACCAUAUUGAAACCCUUUUCAGGGCAAAUUUAUAGGAUAAUAGUCAAAAAAUGAUCCGGGGAUUUUGUCACAGAAGUUUUCAGUGAUUUGUCAAGGAAUUUUUGGUGCAAAACCUGCUAAUUUCGCAAAUUUUUGUGACGGCCUAUUUGGAGCAAAAAGACAAAUGUCGCUAAUAGUUUCUAACACACACUUGGCAAAAAGGAAGGUCUAAAUAAGAAGCUCUUGCGCAACCUGUAUGCUCAGCUGCAGCUGUCUUGAGAACAGGGGCGGACACUUGAUCAAAUAUUGGGGGGGAAUCCUAUUGUUUUAAUAAGAUAACGUCACAUGUCCCAUUGUUCUAGAACAAAAGACCAUUGUCCUCUAAAGUAUUGGGGGGGGGGGCGGUCGCCGCCCCUCGCCCCCCAAGUGUUCGCCACUGCUUGAGAAAUUGUGUUUUGUAUUUCCAUGCAGUAUGAUAUUAGGCUGGUUUAAUUCAUGAUGAUUACUACUCAAUUGAGAAAACGGUUUUCUUCUAUACGCUUAGUUUAAAUCCUUGUUAACAUUUAAGUCUUGUCAAAUCCUCAUAUUGACUUAUAUCUAUUGUACGUAGCAAUAAAUACGUAAACGUCACUUAAAACGAUAUUCAAUUUUUAUGUGCUGGUUUUUACAAGUGUUUUAAGUGAAGAAAAUUCAUAUAACUUGGCA